GUAGCUCGCGCUGUUGCCAGGGGAACGGGCCCUGUGCCUGGCGAGGCCCAGCCCGCCUCGGCCUGGCCCGGUCGUUCAGCCAUCCCGCCCGACCUGGAGCGGGGACUCCUUUGCCCAACCUCCAACCGGGAUGGGGCUCCGCUCCGGGGCGCGCCGCCUCCCGGUCCCGGGGAACCUCUCUGCCAUGACGGUGUGAAGCGCGUCUGCCCCGGGGAGGGUGGCCAGCCAGGCGCGGGGCCGAACCACUAGCUGACCUUGGUAGGGCCAGCCCGGCACGGCCGCCGCCACGCGCAGAUGCUUUCAAGUCAGCAAACGCUUACUGAACAUCUUUUAAGUACAAGAUGAACAUCUGCAACAAGCCCUCCAACAAGACGGCCCCUGAAAAGAGCGUGUGGACAGCGCCCGUGCAGGCCAGUGGAACCUCCCCGGAGCUGCAGGGCCAGCGGUCCCGCCGGAAUGGGUGGAGCUGGCCCCCUCACCCGCUUCAGAUUGUGGCCUGGCUGCUGUACCUCUUCUUCGCGGUGAUCGGCUUUGGGGUCCUUGUUCCCCUCCUGCCUCACCACUGGGUGCCUGCUGGCUAUGCUUGCAUGGGCGCCAUCUUUGUUGGCCACCUCGUGGUGCACUUGACCGCCGUCUCCAUUGAUCCGGCAGAUGCCAAUGUUCGGGACAAGAGCUAUUCAGGGCCUCUGCCCAUAUUCAACCGCAGCCAGCAUGCACAUGUCAUUGAAGACCUGCACUGCAACCUGUGCGACGUGGACGUGAGCGCACGCUCCAAGCACUGCAGCGCCUGCAACAAGUGUGUGUGCGGCUUUGACCACCACUGCAAGUGGCUCAACAACUGCGUGGGCGAGAGGAACUACCGCUCCUGGGUGCUGACAGCUGCCCAUCGCUGGGCCAGGCUCUUUCUACACAGUGUGGCAUCUGCUCUACUGGGUGUCCUGCUCCUGGUGCUGGUGGCCACUUAUGUCUUUGUAGAGUUCUUUGUCAACCCUAUGCGGCUGCGCACCAACCAACACUUUGAAGUCCUGAAGAAUCACACAGAUGCGUGGUUCGUGUUCUUGCCCGCUGCCCCUGUGGAGACCCAGGCUCCUGCCAUCCUGGCCCUGGCUGCUCUACUCAUCCUUCUGGGCCUGCUCUCCACAGCGCUGCUCGGCCACCUGCUGUGCUUCCACAUUUAUCUCAUGUGGCACAAGCUCACCACCUAUGAGUACAUCGUGCAGCACCGCCCACCACAGGAGGCAAAGGGGGCUCAAAGGGAGCUCGAGUCAUGUCCCACCAAGAUGCGGCCCAUUCAGGUUCCAGGCCUGUGCUACAGAGAGUGGAAGUGGCGCCUAAGAGCAGGCAGGGUGAGACUGCGGAAAACAGAAAGAAGAACCAAUGAUGGUCAGCAGUUGGAUGGCCAAGAUGGAGCCAUCAGUUUCUCCAUCUGUGACCUUGAGCUUUCAUGCCAGUUACCCUAUUUAUCCUUAGAAGAGCCCAGGAGGCAGGAGAUGGAGUUCUACAUGAGGACCUUCAGCCAUGUGCGCCCAGAGCCCCCCGGCCAGGCCAGGCCAGCAACAGUAAAUGCUAAUCCCUCCCGAUUUCUUGCCACUCAAGACCAAGUGGAACCUCCACGGCCCUCCUCCCCCGACACUCUAGCCCUGCCUCCUGCCAUCCGACCCCAGAAAAAAAGGAAGCGACGCAGGUAUAAGAUGCAGAGGUCUGGGAUCUUGGAUCGGGAGUCCCCGCUGCCCAAGUUGCGGGGCCCCCGGGUCCCCGACCGGCACUCCAGCUCGUCGACAGACAGCUCCAGUGCCAGCCCGGUGCACGCCGCUGGCCCGGCAGGCCCCUACCACUCUGCAUCAGCCGAGUCCAUGGACGAGAUUCCAGUGGCGCAGACGCGCCUGGGCAGCGCCGCCCUGGCCGCCCCUGUGGGGAGAGCCCGAGAGGUCGGGCGGGCGCUGCAGGCGCGUGCGCCCGCCGUGUUCGUGAGCCCGAGUAGCGGCGAACCUGGGACGCCGGGUGGCGAGGAGGGUGGCCGGCCUUAGCUGUGCGGAGAGACAGGAGGGCCGAGGAGGAGCGGCCGGCCGCACUCUAUGCAACACCCCACCCGCGCCACACCGAGUGCACUUUAGGGGCCCCACGGCCGGCGGGAUCGACCGCCCUCCCCCACGACUGAGCAAUAUCCACCCCACCGGCCGUGAUGCUACAAUAAACUUUUUUAUGCUUUUGCCGA